CUGUUUAUCCCAAACAACUGAAUGCUGACUUAGCGUCGGUUAGCUAACGUUUGAAAGCUAAUAGCUGAGUGUACUUCUCUACAGCCUUCGAUAACUUUGGGCAGAUAAACGGAGGGCGAUCAAUAGAGCUAAUGUGAACUGACUAAAUAUUUAACAUUACAAGCCAAACGAACAAUAACACUUGUCUUGCAAUUAGAUAAGCUUGAAUGAUUCACCAUUAGCAAGCUAACAGUGUGACGCUGAAGUUAGCUUCCGAUUCGGCAGUUAACGAUAAGUGAAACUAAACUUAACUUAUACUACUGAGUGACGGUCCACCGUUUAUUACACCUUUUACUGUUGUGAAACCGUGCAAGACAUUUUUUUUCAAGGCAUCAACGCUGAAGCCCACUUUCAAAUUUGUGAAACAUCUAAAGCUCAACGCCUAAGGUACGCUCUGGCAGACAUGUCAUACGACAAAGCAGAGACCUACCGCCCUGUCCCCCGGGACUUCAACACCCUCAUACAGACAUGCAGCUCCAACAUCCAGAAAAUCACACAGAACACUGCUCAGAUCAAGAGCAUGGUGAACCAGCUGGGGACCAGACAGGACACCAGUGAACUCCAGGAUCGUCUGCAGCAGAUACAACACUAUACCAACCAACUGGCAAAAGAAACCAACAAGCACCUGAAAGAGUUGGGAUCAAUACCUUUGCCUUCAUCACCCUCAGAGCAAAGGCAGCAAAAGAUCCAGAGGGACAGACUGAUGAAUGAUUUCUCAGCAGCUCUCAACAACUUCCAAGGAAUCCAGCGGCGUGCAGCAGAGAAGGAGAAGGAGUCUGUAGCCAGAGCAAGAGCUGGAUCUCGCCUAUCAACUGAAGACAGUUCUCGGGAUGAAAAGCUUGUGUCUUUUGAUAACCAAGAGGACUGGGGUCAGAUGACCACCCAGACAGAGGAGGUGGCCAUCACAGAGGAGGACCUGGAGCUCAUCAAAGAGAGAGAAACCAACAUCAGACAGCUGGAGUCUGACAUCAUGGAUGUAAACCAGAUCUUCAAGGACCUGGCCGUGAUGAUCCACGAUCAGGGAGAAAUGAUUGACAGCAUUGAGGCAAAUGUGGAGAAUGCUGAAGUUCAUGUAGAACGAGGAACAGAGCAACUCCAGAGAGCCGCCUACUACCAGCAAAAGUCCCGGAAGAAGAUGUGUAUCCUUGCUAUGGUUUGUUCCAUUGUGCUUGUCAUACUUGGCAUCAUUAUUUGGCAAGCUGCUAAGUGAGUAGACGCCCACAACCGAUGUGUCACUACUAUAUUUUACUCUGCCCCUUCCCAUCUGCAAGUACCUGCUUGGAAUCAUGAGAAGAACAAGAAGAGGCUGAUCACUUCACCAAGGUCAGCAGAGGAGAUCUAUGCAGAGGGAUAGUCAAUGUGGAAAACAUUUCAUCUGAACUGAUCAAGCUUAUUUUUGAAAAAUAGCUGAAAAAAGUCCUUUUUUAAACUGAGAUGAAGGAGAGGAUGGAGGACUGAGGUAGAGUAGGGGAGUUAUUUAAGAGAUGAGAUUCCUUAAUUUGCUUUAUACACUCAUUUCUUCUCUUAUUUACUGCACUAACACUAGAUGUUACAGUAUUUCAAAUGUUAAAAUGUUAUUGGCAAUUAUUUGAGAACAGGUAUGGUGGGGGGAGGGAGGAGAUUGUGCAAAUUUGUGGUUUUUAGGGGCUGUAAAUAUUUUUUUGUUGCCUGUUGUUGUGGCAUGUUCUGAUGUAAUGUGUGUGUAGUGCCACAGGACCCGCUGUGGCUCCUGACCUUCACAGUAACAUUACAUGGGACCUAUUUAACUUUUGGUGAUGAUGGCAGCCGUGGUUGUAAAAUACAUAUUGUAAAAUGAACAGAUUACCCAUAUGAAUCAAAUUUUGUCUGUAAAUAUUGUGCUGCAUUAUAUUCUGCUAAGAACAUUGUGGAAGAUGAAUAAUUAAUCUCAGAAAUGAAUCCAGUGUCAAACCAAAACAUUUUUAAAUUAAUUUCUAUGACUCCCAGUAUCCAUAAUAAAUGUAAUAAACACUUCUGCGUGCUCAGAGUAAAAUUUUGUUCUUAAAGGUAAACUAAGGUUUAUUACAAUUUGCAUUUUAUUUUUUAUGAUUUUACCCAUAAUUUCAUCAGUUAUGAUGAUGUUAAACUCGCCAAAGUAAAUGCUAAGAUCUGGAAACAUGCAUCAUCAAUAAAAAAUGGGUCAAGAAACACUGCAUAAAUGUUUUGUUAAGACUUGGUUUCAGUUCACAAAUAACAUCAGAGAGCUGUCCUUGGUGAGUUAGGACUGAGUGACAAGCAGAUUGCUCUUACACACACAGACAGACAAGAAAAUACAUAUUUAGGAAAUGUAUAUUGAGAAUAAUCUGUAUACGGGCCAACACACUAGUCACACAAGUAAAGAUCCAAUUUGUGACAUAAUUAAAGCAUAACUGAAAUCAAAUGUUCGCAUGAUUGAUAUUACAGUAUGUUGGCAAGGCUGUGAAAUAUAACAAUUCUGGUGAGUUUGAAAGAACUAUAUAUUCAGACAAUAUGUUUGAUAUGAAAAAUUGUGUAUUUCCAGAUUAAAAAAUGUAAACCUUUCUAAUUAAAGGAAAGGAUAUAUGGA